AUGAUCGUUGCUUUCGUUGCACUUCUUCUUAUUCCAGUAGUAUUUACUCAAGGUACUCGCAUCUGUAAAGACUGCACAACUGGCGACUGUGUGUCGCCUUCUGAUAGGGAUAUGCUGACGAAUUCCCUUAACAAUUUUGAGAAGGCGAGCAUAAUUCUAAGAUUUAAUCCGAAACCCACAUCCUUGACCUGGAGCUGGUUAUUAUUCACGGAUGCCCAAAUAAGUAGUCUUCGUUCCGCGCAACUCGAAGAAGGAGGUUGUCUGAGAAGUGUUCUGAACACAAUUGCGUACUUUUUCCAAAGCAGACAUUUAUCGGGAGGCGGCGCUGAAGUAAUACCAGAGUUGUUUGAUGCUGCUGUUUCACUCUUGGAAGUGUUGUCGACUUCUUGUCCUCUUUCUCAAGAGAAAAAUGCACUUCGAGGUCUUGCCUCUGGAAUCAGAAGUAAAGUGUCAGAAGUCAGUGGUAUUGGUGCUUAUAAAUGGGAAAUAGAGGAAUUCUUGUCGAUCGUAAAAGCUGUUAAUGGAAAAUAUGGAAAUGUGGUUCCCCGUUGCCCCAGAGUCGAACACAGAACGGCUUUGAAAGAGAUUGAAGAUUUAUACUGA